UGACGUUGAGCUGCUCUGUGUCACCAUCAUGUAGAAGCUGUGUCCUCAAAGUGAAGUGGCUGUUUAUGAAUAAAGAUGUGACUGAAAACAACAAAGACCUGAAGACAUCACAGUCUCACCGCUCGGCCAAUGUGAGCUUCUCAAAAUCCCAUUUUGUUCACAAGAUGAAGAACUAUAGCUCAUUAACAUGUAAAGUGAAUGAUGGUGACAAAGAGGAAAAGUUUUCCUUCAUCCCUCCGUCAUCAGAAGGAAAGAACGAACCAGCUCCAGGAAACAAUGAGAUGACAACAGACUGGUGGAGGUACAUCGCUCUGGUUGUGGGUUUUGCCACAACCGUGAUAUUGGUUGUGAUUCUCAUCAGAUGGAGAAGAAACAAAGCUACAGACACACAGAUGAAGGCAGAUGAAAACAGAACCUUCUCUGUGGAGGAGACGAGAGGUUUUGAUGAACCUGACUCUUCUCUCUGCGAGGCCAACUCUUCUGUUCCUGUCGUCUCAGGGAACAAAACACAGACGCACAAACACACGGUCGACCCUGCAGAGGAUGUGGCCUACGCCUCCAUCAGCCACUCCCCUCACAGCACGGCCCAGAUCCAGGGUGGUGAUGAUGCAGUGACCUACAGCACUGUGAAAGCUCCCUCCUCUUCUACUGGACCCUCAGCUGAUCCCAGCAGCCUCUAUGCCACCGUCAAGUUCAACCAAUAGAGACAUGGAGAGACUCGUCCUGGUGAUUCCUCCACACAGCAUCAGUAUCAAUGUUUCUCACCAGAGCAAUAAGCUGUGUCUUUCCACUGACGUCUGUCCAUUCAUCCAGCUGCAGUGAAAAUGCUUCAGCAAGUUUCUACACAACUUCAUCAACAAUGUCUGUUCCAUCGUUUCUAUUCUGCAGCAACAUAUUCUUCAUGAUACUGGUGACGUUGUGUUGGCUCUGUUUUGUUGUCACAAUGUAUUUGUGAACCACAGUUUGACCUACAUGUGUAGUCAAAAGCCUAAAGCCACAUGUCCCUUUGUUCUGGAGAAAACCAGAGGCUCCAGAACUCAGUCUCCCAGGAUGCCUCAUCAAAUAUGUAGAAACCUCAGAGAGAGCCACAUGUGAGGGAUCCCUCUCCCAGGACGGACAGAAGUACAAUAGAUGCCACGUGUAGGAGAACAUCAUCAAUAAUCAAAGUCUCUAGCAGCAUUGAUGAGGGUAGACAUCCCGAAGGACAACCCCAACAUGACAUGCCAAGCAGUCCCGCUGCAAUCACAGUCCAUGGUCAGCAACCAGCAGGACCACGAUCCACCAUCCAGACCAGACGCCACUCCAGUCCUCAGUCCCCGUCCACCGCCGCCCACCAGGACCCAUCAGGACCCACCAUGAACCACCGCCGCGGUCCUGGUCCACCGCCCGUACCCAAUGCCAACUCGACACAGGGUCCGCCACCAGCACCACGAUCAGCCCACAUGACUCAGAAACCUCCACACUGGAUCCACCACCGCGACCCCCGGUGCGUGAUCCACAAACCUUAAUCCAUGGUGCGGCCACAGAGGCCCUGGAUCUGCGGGUGAUAAAGCAAAGGGAUUCCUGGGAAGGGGGAUAGGGAUGGAGAAGAGGAAGGAGAAGCUGGAAAGAGAAGCUCUGUGGGUCAUGUGUCAUAAAUUCCUUUUGCGUCUGAUGAGAUAUCUAUGUUUCUCUGUAUCUUGUGACUAUAUUUUUCCUGUGACCUAUGAAUAAUUUCAGCUGCAUAGUCCAUAUAAUCAAUAAUGCACAAUACAAAGUAUAAACUGUCACUGUAACCUGUGUAACUAAAAAACAUGUUUAUGACAGUUGGUUCCUCAAACAGACUGCGAGCCAGACAGAUGAAAACAGGAACUUGAUACCCAGACAAUACUUUGAAAUAAGCUUAUUCAACUGUUUCUGUUCUUGGAAUGAUGUCUAUCUUUUUGACUCAGACACAGGAUCAGCCCAGAGCACGACCACAGAAAGAGACAAAACAAGAAUCCGGCCGUUUGCAACUGACUGGUAACCAGGCACAUGAGCAUGUGUCCACAUGAGUGUCAAUCUGACUGCAAAAUACAAUUCGGAGAAAAGUGUGUGAUUGAAAUUCAUCUUGAGAUUUGAAAUAAUGAAGUUCUCAGACUGGAGUUGCCAUUGAGUCUUUGUAAUGGUAGGCUCUGCAGAGUUUGCACAACAAGCACAGGUUCUCAGGAAAGAGAGAGGAGGACAUGCCAGAACUAAAACAAAGAGAUGCUUCAUAAAACGUGGUGAGAAAAAGAUAUGAAAUCCUCCUCUCUGUCUAAUCUGCUGUGUCCCACCGCUGUAACGGACUCCCUGUUUGCCAAGGCCACAGUAGUGAUGUGUUUGCAAAAAACUGCACUUUGAGAAAACAGUAUACAUCUGAUCAAUAACUGAAUUCCCUCAAAGAAAAAGAACCGCCUCUGUGCUGCCCCCUGUGUCUUUUUAAAUACUGUGGACUUGGGAUGUGUGUGCGCUUCUUCUCGACAUGAUCCAGUAAAGCUGGUGCGUGCAGCAGAACCCCUGAGACUCUCUGUAAGUAUUGUUCUUAUGUAAUAAACUUGUUACUGUGAAACUUU